GCUGUUUACAAUGUGAGGAAAUGACGUCACAAUGUUGUGAAUUGCUAAUAAGCGUCCACAGUUAACACACUGACAAGUCACUUUGACUCAACCUUUCUCCACUGACCCUCUUCUCAGGAAUACAUUUGAGGCAACGUGAGAGCUCUUCAUGUCCUCACACUUUCUGUCACAUUAGAAAACCACCAUGGACCUCCACAAAAUCAUCCACGGUGCGUUGCACGAGUUCUUACAGACUUACAUCCCCGAUGCAGAUCUCAGCACACUGGACGAUGUCCUCCUGUCCUACAUCACUGGAGUCCUGGAAGAUCUCGGCUCCCAGCAAAGUGUGGAGGAGAACUUUGACGUGGAGGUCUUCGCCGAGAUGCUGGAAGCCUACAUUCCAGGAUUUGCAGAAAUUGAUAGUGUCAAAGUGUGCGAAAUGAUGUUUAGUCUGGCGUCCACGCUAGCUACAGCUCGCACCUCAGUGAGUGGAGAAAAUAGCGUGCCAAAAGCAGAAGACGGCUCAUUGAAAAUCGCCUCUCACCGGUCAAGUGAAGCCCCAACUGGCAGGGAAAUGCAGUGCCUACAAACACAGACAGAGGGCGCCACAGCCGAGCUUCCAGUAUCCGAAUUGGAAAGUCAAGAGCAGCACUUGCUGGAGAUGUUUCCCAAGUGCAGUCUGUCCGAGGCCCGCAGCGCUCUAUCUAUUGCCAAAGGGGACAUGGAGGAAGCCGUGCGCCUCAUCAUCGAGGGCGACGUCCAACUCAGCCCCACCCCGCUCAACGUAAAUCAAGGGAAGAAUAUCUCCUCUGUGGCGGAUCAGAAACUGAAAGAAAGCAUCCUUGAGAAGUACAUGCUGGUCGACAACGAAGAGGACAAGAAAACGCAUCGACCCGUCGCUCCCAAAGAGGCUCCCAAAAAGCUGGUUCGCUACCACGGCAACCAGGUGGUGAGCACCAAAGGGGAACGCUAUCAGGUGGUGAAGAAGAACGAGGCGGACGACAUGAAGAAGACAUACGUCAAUCUCAAACCGGCUCGCAAAUACCGAUUUCAUUGACAGCGCGGCGGCGAUUAUGCACUGAUAUGUUGAUUCAUUUUGUGUUUUAUUUAUACAAGUGCUCUGGUUUGAAUUGGAUUUUUUUCUCCUUCCGCAAAUAUCGUGAGCUUUUUUAAUAAUGUUACCAUAUAUAGUGGUUUCCUGUUACAUUUCAUUUGAGUUUUGGUUGGAGUUUUUUUUUUUCUUUUUUUAUUAUUGCAUAUUUUGUAAAACCCUUCACUGUUUAUUUUUGUUGUUGUUGUUUUUUUUUUUUAACAGUCCUUAACUUUUUUUUUGAGUGUUGAAAGGAAGCAACAGUUGUUCCAUGCCUAUUUGUGAUUUGCUACUUGCGAAUCUGCCCCUGCACCAAAGCCCUGUAUAAAGAAAAGUAGUGCUUUGGUGCCAUUUUGUGGCAUCUAUAUAGACUUAUGGAUCAUUCGUGGGGGAUUUACUACAACAAUUUGUGAAGUUUUAGUGGUGCUUUACAUAUUUUCUUCAUUCAACUGCUUAUACUGUACAUAAGAGAUCACUGAUUUUUUUUUUUUUUUUUUGGGCUGUGCCGCAAAUCAGGAGACUGAUUUCUGAUCGCUUGCACUGUGGUUUCCCUCCAGAUAAAUCAUUACACAUAUUAUUGUACAGUAUCUUGAACGAGUGUUUCUGAGGCACUCUGUGUUUUAGACUUGCGGGUAUAUUUAUUAUUAGAUGACAACUUUUCUAUUACUGCGCCAACACUCGGAUAAAAGAGUCGAGUCUGUAUAAGCUAAACGCGUCUCCGUAUCAUUUCAAUUGAGAAAUAGGAAAGAGGAAUAACAAAUGUUGGUGCCUGAUGAAAAACACGUCGGUAGGAAUUGUGGUUUUAUUCAAAAGAAAACCUUACCAAUAAAUAUAAAGCCACAAAAUUUGGAGACAUGUUUUUAAUUGGACAAUAAGCUGCAUCAAAAGUAACAUUUGAAGACGCCAAGAAAUUAUUUACAGCGGUGCCUUGAGAUAAUUGUUGAAUAAAUUCCAAAACCGUGCAUCUUUCUAUAUUGAAAUCCAAUUAUUAUUUUUUUUUUAAAUGAGACAACUUGCAUUUUAUAAAAUUGUUUAAAACAGUUUUUGUCAUACUAUUUUCUUCAGUUGAAUGGACAUAUGUGUUGCUUCCCCGGGUGUGUGCACCUGGGACAGGAUAACGCGUACAUAAGGAUUUUCAAAUAUAUACGAAGACAUACCGUAUAUAUCCUUUGCAAUCAGACAGUCGUGCAUCACAAGUCGUUUUUAAAGAAUUAUAUGACUGAGUAUUAUAUUUGUCUACGUGUUGCCUCACCGUUUGUGUUCAAAUAUAUCCAUUCUAACUCAGCUACAGAGAUACUACAUUAGCCCGGUUAUGGUGUUUCGCAUUGAGUUCGCUUUACCAUUAAGCAAACAGACUUAAAGGAGUCUUGUCAUUUGUAUCUCAAGGCACCACUGAAAUUCUCACAUUGCUGAGUGUGUGUUGUGAAAACUUUCAGGAUGUAACUUGGUAAUCUUCAAUCAUGACAUUUUUAAUUGUUUUUUUUUUUUUUUUAAACCAUUUGGAGUGAGCUGUUAGCCAAUGUUCCAACACUGGUCAAUUGUAUUUCUACUGGAUACUCUUUAUUUCCUAAUUAAAUAGCAGCGUUGGUGUCUGUGACUGACAUGAUGAUCGGUUUUACUGUAAUGCGUGCAGUGGCUAUUGGUUGAACUUGUAACGCCUCCUUGCUUAAAUGAAAACGCACAAUUUAUAGUAAAGACUAAUUUUGUAGACUAUAA